ACACACACACACACACACACACACACACACACACACGCAGGAGAUGAGUUCUGCUCUCAUUCACGACAAGCUGUUCAUCAAGUCCUUCUGGGAGCAGAAGAUCAGCAAUCACAGUCACAUGACCGAAGCUGAAGAGGAGAGGAUGAAGAAGAGCGCUCUCACCAAGCUGCGUGACGAGUGGCUCACCAGACUCGAGCUCCGGACCAAACAUCUGAAGAAUUUUGGCGACAGUCGCGGGGCCAAUCCGGCCCUGAACUAACACACGGACCCCAGCGAGACACUUCAGUUAUUUCACACGCUCUCUCUCCCGAACACAGGUGCGAUGAAGGACGCGGGCCUCCCUUUAAACACACUCCAUCAUCGGUAAUUAACAAACGAGCGUCACCGAGAGCCAGAGUUCAUGAUCAAAACACACAGACGCCAAGCAAAAAGAUGAAAUAAUAAUAAUAAAAAAAAAGAGCUGCUUGAGGA